GCAGUAUAAUGGCAGCAGUGAACUUUAACCGAAGUGUUUAUAUUUCUGUUGGUGUCGGAGGAGGAGUGGCUGUAUGAUAAACUCGGAUCAGAUUCCUGCGCUGCUCGCCGACCUGCAGGACCUGAUCAUGGGCAGCACGCUGAUCAAAUGUGCCUUCACCGACCUGGGCAUCCAGUGGGCCGGCUGGGCUCUGGCUGCGGCUCUCAGAACCGAGAAGUUUUAUGAUUUGGCAGGAUCUGGCACAUUUAUAUUACUUGCCCACCUGAGUCGUAUCUGGGGAGGAGCCAGUCAUGUCCGUCAGAAGGUGCAGACUGGGAUGGUGACAGCAUGGGGACUCAGGCUAGGGACAUUCCUCUUCAUGCGGAUCUUGAAGGACGGCCAUGAUCGCAGGUUCAACAAUGUCAGAGACAGCCCAGGGACUUUCUUUGUAUAUUGGACUAUUCAAGCCGUCUGGGUAUUUAUGACCCUCCUGCCCACCCUCAUGCUGAACAGCGAGAAGCGAGAUGUGCCUCUGGGAACGAGGGACUACAUCGGCUGGACUAUAUGGGGCCUCGGCUUCGCUACUGAAGCUAUUGCUGACCAGCAGAAAUGGCUUUUCAAGCGAGACGCGGAUAAUGCUGGGAAAUUCAUCCAGAGUGGGCUAUGGGCUUACAGCAGACAUCCCAACUAUUUAGGAGAGAUCAUGCAGUGGUCGGGUCUCUGGCUCUCGGCCUCAUCUGUGAUGGAGGGUCACCAGUACCUGAGUGCGGUGUCACCUCUCUUCGUCUGGUUCCUGCUGCGUCACGUCAGCGGCAUCCCCAUCCUGGAGAAGCAAGCCAUGAAGAAGUGGGGAUCUGACCCAGGCUUCCAGGACUACAUCAGGAACACUCCUCUUCUCUGGCCGUGGCCUAAAUUUUGAUGUUGCACUGAACAUUUUCUUAACUGUUGUACAAAUAACUGCCUCAUACAAUGAAAGUACACACAUUCAAGUGUUCUGAGCAAGACUCACAAUAUUUGAAAGGAGCGGAAAUGUACUUUUUUUUCUCUUCUGUAAAAUAAAUUCCAAUUUAUCAUGCAUAAUCUUUACA